ACGACCUCCGGAACUGCGCAGUGCGACUCCGCGACUCGCCACUCUCGCUCGCAACGAUGCCUGCGCAGCUCCCGCCCGAGCUCAUCGACCGCAUCCUCGACCACCUCCAUAGAGACCGGCGAGCCCUUGCAGCAUGUGCCCUUGCCAGCCAUGUCAUGCUGCCGACCUCCCGCUACCACCGCUUCCGCGACCUUACUCUUCAUCUGCGACAAGUCUCGACUCUCAUGUCACUCAUUGACUCGGCGCCGAAUCUCGCCCUUGCGAUAAACUCGGUAUGCGUGCGCUUCAAGGACUGGGCGGACCCGAAGCAGGAGCUGGAGUUCUUGACGCGACUGCCAGCUCUAUCUUCCUUCGGCAUGGUCACGCCGGCCUACCAGCGGGUCUCUGUCGAACAUCUGGCUGUGGUCGCCUCUCACAUACCUGCUCUCACCUCGCUGUUCUUAUGCGGGCCAGGAGUCAUCACUGCACCUCUAUUGCUGUCCGGUCUUUCCCUAUUCCGCGCCCUCCGGGAAGUCCGUCUGCACUCCAUCGACGUGCACUUCCCGCCUGAACCGGAUGUUCCGUACGAUCUCACCCCACUCCCUCCUCUGCGUCGCCUGGAAUCCCGAGCAAGUGAUGGUGCUCCCCUCAUCAGCCGCUGGCUCCAAGUGCACUCGGCAACUCCUGGUCUUUUGUCCCUACAACAUACCAUCCAAGAUCCGCGGGAUGCUAUUCAAUUCGACGCGACAGCCAUUUUCUGUGCGGGUACCGUGAAAAACCUAGAGAUCGUGUUUGCUCCUGAGGGGAGAAUGACCGAUGCCUUGCGGGGAAGCGAGUUUUGGCUUGAGUCCUUUUCGGUCCUGGAGACAUGCACUCUGCGCUUCGCUUUCGGCGAGAUGUGCGUCGCACAGAACGAGUCUCUCCUGUCGAUCCCGACCAUCCUCUCACAACUUUCGUCGCCGUUCCUCCGGACCAUCACCAUCGCGCUGGUUGUCGACAACGUGGAGGACCUCCGUUCGCUAAAUUCCGAAUGUGCCGUCCGGAACCUUUCUCCUGCCUACUUCGAGGACAUGCGCGUUCUAGAUUGGACAACCAUAGAACAACUGUUGACGGGCGAAAACCUGGGCUCGAUACAAGCUCUGGUACUGGAGGGGCAAGGGCAGUGUCACCUGCUGGAAAGUUAUUUGCGAGACUGCUGUCCCACAUUGCAUUCCCGCCGGUUGGUUUCUCCAGUGACAGUGGACAAGGAGGACCAGGACCGUUGGUGGUGAACCCUAGCAUGGCUGUCCUUUAUAUUUUAAACGUUUAGGGUCAAGGGAAUGCAAAUCCCGUUCGUAGUACUUUGUAU